AUGUCCGUCGCUCACCUCUCGCGGCUGCCCGACGACGUGCUGCUGCUGCUCGCCGACGAGCUCGGCGCCGACGCCGCCGACGCUUCCGCCCUCUCAACGCUGUCCCGGACGAGCCGUCGACUGCACGACGUGCUGGGCCGGCCGCUGUACGCGCGCAACGCCCGCCGGGCCAACAGCACGGCGCUGCAGUGGGCUUCGCACCGGGGCGUCGCUGGCACCGUCCGACGGGCGCUCGCCGCCGGCGCCGACCCCAACGCGCGGCGACCACCCCGGAGCCUCCAUCGCAAGCGCCGCUACCCGGGCGACGACGACGACGAUGACUCGCAGCGCCUCCACGCCUUGUACGUCGCGUCGCCGGCGACGCGGGAUCUGCCGUGCCACACGCCGCUGACCCUCGCCGCGCGCGGCGGCCACCUCGACGUCGCGCGACUGCUCCUCGCCGCCGGCGCACGCGUCGACGUGUCCCCGCGGGAGAACGCGAGCAGCGCGCCUCUCCUCGCCGCCGUCGAGGGCGACCACCUCGCCAUGGUGCGGCUGCUCACGGAUACCGGGCGCGUCGACUUUGACGGGCUCGUCGCGCACGGGCUGAACCCGCUGGCGCAGGCGGUGCAGAGCGCCGGCGUGGAGAUGGUGAGCCACGUGCUGGCGCGCGUGGCCAACGGCGACCUGCGCGCGCCGAUGAUGCCGAGCCCGCUGAUCCUGGCGGUGCGCGAGCGCCGGCCCGAGGUGGUCCGGAUGCUGCUGGCCGCGGCCGGGCGCAACGUGACGCCCAGGCUGGAGGACGACCACGGCCGCACCGCGCUGUCCUGGGCAGCCGCGGCAGAGCCGCCAGGCAACGGGAUCGCAACAGGCAUGUUUCAGCUGCUGCUGGACUCUGGCGAGUUCGACCCGGACGCGCCGGACCGCCAGGGCCGGACGCCGCUCGCGCUGGCGGCCGGGGCCGGGAACGAGGCGAUGGUCGCUAUGCUGCUCGUCAGGUCGGACGUCGACCCCAAUCGGCCGGACAGGGACGGGUUGGCGCCCGUGUUCCACGCGCUGCGGCACGAGCACACGGCGAGGCUGCUCAUGGGUUGCAGCAGGGUGAACGUCCCGGCGGACGCGCUAUUCCGGCUCGGCUGCGAGAAGCGCGUCUCUACCGGCCUCCUGAAGCACUUCAUCCGGGCCUACCCGGAGCACCACGACACCGCGGACGGCCUCGGCGCCACCUGGCUGCACGUCGCCACCGCCGCCAGCCUCGUGGGCGUCGUCAAUCUUCUGCUAAAGCAGAAGGGCGUGCGCGUGGACCGGCAGAGGACCGACGGCGCCACGCCUCUCCUGUGCGCCGUGCAGGCGGAGUGCAGGGGCGGCAGGGGCGUCACCAGCGCGCUGCUGCAGGCCGGCGCGGACGUCAACCUGACCACGGCGCGGGGUUGGUCGGCGCUCUGCUACGCCUGCCGUGACGGCAACGUCGCGCUCGUGGAGCAGCUGCUCGAGAGGGGAAGUGAUACGACAACGGUCACAGACACGGGCGAGACGCUGCUCUACUUGGCCUGCGAGGGGGGGCAGUCGAGGAUCGUGCGGGCACUGCUGGCGCGCGAAGCGGAUCCGGUGCUGGAUGCCGGGGGCACCGGCCGAACGGCACUUCAUCUUGCAUGCUCUACUGGCAAGGGAGGCAUCGUCGACCUGUUGCUUCUUAGAGUUCCCCGAGGACAUCCGUCGCUGUCCGCGGGUCGCACGCCGCUCCACGACGCCUGCGAGGCCGGUUUUGCCGGUAUCGCGGAGCGUCUCCUGGAGCACGGUGCCGACCCGGAGGCCGCGCUCGAGGACGGCACCACGCCGCUACACCUGGCGUGCAGGAAGGGAUCGUGCGACCUGGCGACGCUGCUCCUCAACACAGGCAAGGUGGAUGUGAAUCGUAGGGAUGCCGUGGGCAGGACGCCGUUGAGCGAGGCAGCGGACGGGCCGGCACAGCUGCGUGUGAGGCUCCGAGAAUGGGGUGCGGUGGAAUGA